AGGCAACGCGGGCCAAUGGGCGCGGAGCUCCGGCGAGGGGGGCGGGGCCUCGCGUUGCGGGGAGCCAAUGAGAUGCGGGCUAGCGGGGCGGCUCGCAACAGGAGGUUGCGACCGAGCGCGGCGGGGGGACUCGGGCGGGCGGCGGGGAGAGCCAUGGAGGAGCGCGGGGCCGAGCCGGGUCUGCGCCGCUUCACCUGGGAGGAGAUCGCGCAGCGCACGGGCCGGGGCCCGGCGGCGGAGGAGCGCUGGCUGGUGAUCGAUAGGAAGGUGUACGAUAUCAGCCGUUUCCAUCGGCGGCAUCCGGGCGGCUCCCGCGUCAUCAGCCACUACGCCGGGCAGGACGCCACGGAUCCUUUCAUAGCAUUUCAUCUUGACAAGACAUUGGUGAAAAAGUACAUGAGCCCACUCUUGAUUGGGGAACUGGCACCGGACCAACCCAGCUUUGAACCCAGUAAGAAUAAAAAGCUGGUAGAAGAUUUCCGUGAGCUCCGUGCUACUGUUGAGAAGAUGGGGCUUCUCAAACCCAACCGUGCCUUUUUCCUACUGCAUCUUUGUCACAUCUUGGCGCUGGAUGUUGCAGCAUGGCUCACCAUCUGGUACUUUGGAUCAUCCACCAUGCCUUUCCUCUUCUCUGCGUUGCUUCUAGGCACUGUCCAGGCCCAGGCUGGCUGGCUCCAACAUGAUUUUGGACAUCUUUCAGUCUUUAGUGAGUCCAAAUGGAACCACUGGGUGCACAAGUUUGUGAUCGGCCACUUGAAGGGAGCACCAGCCAGCUGGUGGAACCACCUUCACUUCCAGCACCACGCGAAACCCAACUGCUUCCGAAAGGACCCUGAUGUUAACAUGCACCCCUUAUUUUUUGCUUUGGGAAAAAAGCUCUCUGUAGAGCUUGGUGAACAAAAGAAGAAAUUCAUGCCUUAUAACCACCAGCACAAGUACUUCUUCAUCAUUGGUCCCCCAGCUCUGGUGCCUCUUUACUUCCAGUGGUACAUAUUCUACUUUGUAGUACAGAGGAAGAAGUGGGUGGAUCUGGCCUGGAUGCUGACCUUCUACAUCCGAUUCUUUCUCACCUACCUGCCCUUACUGGGCGUGAAGGGUAUCCUGGGGCUUCAUCUGUUAGUCAGGUUCAUAGAGAGUAACUGGUUUGUCUGGAUUACACAAAUGAAUCACAUCCCAAUGCAUAUUGAUUAUGAUAAGAAUGUGGACUGGUUCUCUACCCAGCUCCAGGCAACCUGUAAUGUUCGUCAGUCCUUAUUCAAUGACUGGUUCAGUGGACAUCUGAACUUCCAGAUUGAGCACCACCUUUUUCCUACAAUGCCUCGACACAAUUACUGGAAGGUGGCCCCUUUGGUGAAGUCCUUGUGUGCCAAGCAUGGUAUUGAGUACCACUGCAAGCCAUUACUCACCGCCUUUGCAGAUAUAGUAUACUCUUUGAAAGAUUCAGGGGAACUCUGGCUAGAUGCUUAUCUACAUAAAUAAGAAGCAGUGGAUUCUCACAGAGGAAUUCCCCACCCUUAUUUCUUCCUGUGGAGAUCGCCAUAAGGACGCUGCACAAAGGAGAGAGAGCUGGCUAAGCCAGAGGUGGGGAGGUGACACAGCUUAAUUCCAGUGAUGAAUGUGAUUUAUACAAUUUUUUUUAAAAGGUGUGUUCUUAAUUCUUCUUGUGCUUCUUUCAUUUCUCUUCUCUGGUGCUGAGAUACAGGGAAAAGUAGAAUGGAGGAGGUGGUUCCAUCAAGCUGGAGGCUUCUUUGGGACUGGGAACAAAUUGCUUUCUGUGUGCUGACACUUCAUUUGCUGAGUAUAUAGGAGAGAAAUCUCUUGUCUAACAUAGGCUUUGUUGAGGUGGCUUCUCAUUAUGAAUGUAGUAAGAAAGCUGAGAUAAUACGCGGUGGGAGUAAUUGAAAUGUGAAGGCAAUAAGAGGAAAUUGUGUAUGUGCUAUGUUUUCAAAAACCUAUGUGUAAUCAGCAAUGGCAAUAGAAGUCCCCAAACCAAGGGGCAGUGGGGAGCGUAUGAGAGCUCAUACCACUAUUAAUGUAUAUAUGGAUGAUGGUGAAAAGGUGCAGGCAGCAGUUCUAUAGGAAUAAGCGUGAGGAAAUUAGAGACCGAAGGCAGAGAACAGGAAAGUGCAGGCCUGUGGGUGUGAGAGCCCGGAGUGCCAUUUUCUGUGGGUAUGUUCCCCUGCAUUUCUCUUCUGUGCUGAAGGCCACUGAGUUAUUUGACCAUUCCUAACUUCCUGUGGAGUCUCUGCAAAUGAUUCCCACAGUGCCAUACUUCUGAGUGUUAUUGAACUAAUUACUGAAAUACGGAAUAUCCGUAGUUGGGAUGGGUUACUACGGAACCAAAAAGUGUGUUGGCCUUCUGAAGCUUCACUUCUUUUUUUUAAAUUCAGGAUGAAAGGGUGAUUUGCUUAGCAGAAUACUCAGAAUUUCUGGCCCAAGGAGUAUUAUGGGUUCCUGUAGAAUAACUGAAUUGAGUUGUAAAAACAUUAUGGUUUGGGGUACUGUUAAAUUACAUCUAACCCUUCAGCCAACUGAAGUCAGCAGGCUGCAUAUCUGCAGGCACACAUCAGCCAAACCAUUGCUGAUCUUUCCCUGUUGGAUGAUGUGCCUUCAAAACACACCCCAAGAGGGCAUUACUGUGUGAUUGAUUGUAGUGUUAAUUAGCCUUACUGUGUUCCCCAGUGUAUUUUCCUUUACUGCACCAGUGCUACAGCUGCCAAACAGGAUACAGCUCUUGGCAUAGCAGUAAUGAAGAUGUCUCCAUCACGUUUUUGUCUUCAAGCAUUUUAGGUUUUUUGUCUGUUUUUUGGGACCAAUCCCUUUUUCUAUCGUCUCUCAGGUGGAUAAAUAAGAUGUAGUUUUCCACGUGUUUUGUGCUCUCUUUCUUGCCCAGCUGCUAACUGUAAAUACAGUGCCUGACUUUAAGGAAGAUAAUGGUGCUUUUUCUGGUCAACAUCCAAAAGGAGUAUGGCUUGUGAAGAGAUAGAGGAAAUGCAUCUUCUCAGGCUAAGAUUAUUUUUAAGCACAGAAUAAAAUCGUAAUGGAAAUAAUAAAAAUAUAAUUAAAUCAUCAAUAACUGUUGAUUUAAAAACUGUAAAGGAAAUGGGCCUUAGUCACUCUUUCCUAUCUUGUUUUUUCCUGCUGUUUCUCUCCUUUUAUUAUUAGAACUGUUGAUGGAGGAAGUCUUAAUAAUAAAACUUCUUACCUUACAAACUA